ACCAUGGAAGAAACUGUUGAUUCGAUAGACAGUGAUCUUGGUCACGCAGAUAAGAAAGUUAAGCUAACUAAAAGUACUAUUGCUAUGAUCGAGAGAAAAAGACAAAAUGCUAUACUGUUGCGUGAAAGCAGAUUACAAUGCAGGGUAACAGCUGUCAGCUCAAGUUCCAACUCUGAUUCGAAAGCAUCUUGUAAACCUUCAAAAAAUAAAAUUGUUAUUUGUAGUAAGGAUAGUUCCGAUCUCACCAACCUGCUGUCAUCUGUAAACUGCAGGGAAUGCAAUAUUCAUUGUAAUGCCAGUUAUCUCUAUGAGAAAUUCGGUGAAAAUGUAUGCGAUGAAUGUCGAGCAAAAGAUAAAGAUCAGUUCAAACUGAUGUCAAAGACAGAUGCCAAGAAUGAGUUUGUGUUGAAGGAUUGCGAUUUGGAUUUGCGAGAGCCGCUCCUGAAAUUUUCUACUGCUCCUAAUCCUCAUAAUCAAAGAGCAGGAUUUAUGAAACUAUACUUACUAGGGCAGGUGUAUGAGCGUGCAUGUGAAGUACAUGGAGGUGAUGAAGGUAUAGACAAAGCCAUAUUGCAGCGAUCUAAAAAUAGGGAAGUGUUGGCUCAACAAAAAAUGAAUAAAAAAUUGAAAGAACUGCGAAAAAAUUCUAAACCUCGUCAGAUGAAGAAGGCGCAUGUUCAUGAAUAUGGAAAAGAAGUUUAUGAUGAGGAUAAUGAUGAAUAUAGCCAUUGCUGUAAAUCAUGUCAUUAUACUGAAACAUAUGAGAAACUUUGAAAUUAGGAUCAACUAGUUCUUAUUAACUGUAACUGCAAUAUAAUAUACAUUAUAAUGUAUAAAUACAAUAUUGAAUCUAUGGUAAUUGAGUAUAAUCUAUGAUUUCGUAGAUAUUUCCAGGUCAGUUAUAUGUCAGUUAUAUUAGUAAUUUAGAAUGAGCUGUCAUUCUGUACUGCAUAUUUACUUCCAAUCUUU